CUCUUCUUAAAUCAUGUAUAUAGUUGCGUGCUUGGUACGGUCAUGGCAAUUGAUUAGGGUAACUAUAGAAUUGCAAUUAUUAUAGUACUAUUUCUAGUUUCCCGCUACGUCUCGCAAAGACUAGGUUGCAAAAAAUACUCUUGAUGUAACAUGUUAGCAAAGGUCUUUUAAUUAGUUUAGGUACUUAAAUACUGCGCUAUAGAGAAGUCUAGAACUUUUAUAUAACGUCAUUCACUUUGCUGCAAAAAUAAUUUAAUUGGGAAAUCAGAGGCGGUUGCAGAAGUUGCUGCAAAAAAAAUUCAAAAUUAGGAAACGAUAAGAUAUGGAGCCUCAUAGUAUUGGGUUACCCCAGAAGAUUCCAAUUCCCCAUAAAUACCAUCGAUUAACUUUCCUCUUCAUUUUUCCUCUCUCAUAUAUCAUCUUCUUCCUUAUCUAACAAUGGCUACCAAUACUACUACCAAUAUUUCAUCAAUUGAAAGCUACCUCAUAGAGACAAAAAGUAAUCUACCAACCAUGGACAAUUCUCUUGAAGAUUUUGAAAUGUCAGAGUGGAUAAAUCCUUCUAGUCCAGACUUAGUAAACUUCAAUUCUUCUGAUGAUUCCUUUGAAAACUUUAAAGAAAUUCAUUUUCCAGAAUUAUCUGAACAUAAGUUAAUUGAUAAUAAAUAUAACUCUUUUGCAAAUGAUUUUACUGAAUACAUGAAUCAAAAUUCACAGCAAAAUCAAGAAACUCAAACUAUUGAUCAAUUGAAGUGUAUUGCUCCUUCAAACUUUAUUAAAACUUCCUAUGGAAACAACUUCCAACUGACAGAUGCAAUACAUACUAUUGCUGAAGCUCUCGUAGAUGAGAUUUGUAAUAUCGAUAAGCAGAAGGAAAAAGUAGAUAUCUAUUCUGCUAAUGCUAAACAUAACAUAUUUAAUCCUCAAGAUAUAUUUAGUAAUGACGAUAUUUUUAAUAUUAUUGAAAAUAAAGUAACAUAUCCAACAGACAUGGACAUCCUUCUAAGUACAGAAAUUGGAUUGGACCAACAGGUACUUUUUGAUGAUGACUUUAAUAAUGAAUUCAAAAUAUUAGAGACAAAUGAUUUAAUUUCAUCUGCAAUAGAUUCUUCAACGAAUUUAAAACAAAACGAACCUGAUAUUAUUAAAGAAGAACACACUUUUGAAACUAAAAGUAAAUCUCAAAAAGAAAUCCAAAAGACUCAAACUUGUGGACACUUUACUAUUGUUGACUCCACUUUUGUAUCAUUCAAUGAUAAGCCAGAUGAACAAGUUGCUUGUCUUAGUUGUCAAAAGAUUGAGUACAAUAAUUAUACAGGACAUAUCUAUAAGAAAUGUACUGAUCCAAGAUAUCUUAUCAAUUCAACUAAAGCUUCUGACAAUAUUAAAUUCAAGACUCCUCAAAGAUUAAUUCAAUCUAGAAGAGAAAUUGCUAAUGUAUCAUGUGCACACAGCAGAAUAAGAUAUUAUAGAACUAUUGAAGCAAUCAAAAAUGCUAUAACAAAUAUCAUAUAUAUUCCUAAUGCUGAUUUUGGUUCAAAAAAUCCAUACGAACCACAAUACGUUAGAGUUGAACUUAAUGAAAAAGGUGCUCGUAUUCAUGAAUCAAAUUCUGGAUUAUGUCCUUACUGUAAAGAAGUUAAGUUUUUACCAUAUAAGAAUUCCAGCUAUUUAUCACAUUUAACUUUAGAACAUGGUGUAUUUGCUUCAAGUUAUUUAGUACCUGAAGGUCUUAAUUAUGGAAUAUAUACUCAGAAUGAUAUUCAAAGUUCUAAUUGUUCAAAUCAAAAGAAAGUUAAAUACAAUUCUAAUACUAAAGAUAAAUCUGCUAUUGCUUGUCCUUUAUGUGGUGCACUCAGUGAAGCUAAUUGUUGGAGUACCAAAUCCAAUCCACUUCUUAAAUAUUAUAGACACUUCAAACAGGUUCAUGCUAAUGAUGCUAGUGAUACCAGUCGUAUUGUUGAUCAAUAUGCUCCUCUUAGAAAAAGAGGUAGAAAGAUUAAUCAACGUAGUGAAGAUUUUAGUUGUCAAGAUCAACCCUGUAUCUCAUGGUUAAAUAAUACCCAAGAAGAUAAAAUUGAUCAUGAUAUGAUUAACAAUUAUCUUUAUUCUCAUCAACACUUAAACUUAUCCAAGAAUCUUACUUAUUAGACACUAUAUAAUUUCACUUGUAUUUAAUAAUUAUAAUUAUAUAUAUAUAAUAUAUUCAAUUCUCUCUUUUAACUCCAAUUCGUGAAUUCCGCA